GCCUUCAAUGCAGAAUCCCACCAAGGUAAUUAUCUUCCCAUCCCUCUCCGUAGCUAUGCUAAUAUAUGCUAAUAUAUGCUAAUUGAUUCAUGUUAACACGUGUGACAUUUCAUAAGUCGCCAUUUGUAAUACAAUAACAUUUGCUGGAUCUAAUAGACUAGAAUAAUAGAAUAAUUUUCAUUAAAUCAUCUAAUGUUUGUCGUUCAUAAUUGUUUGGAGGACUAACAGCACGAUGGUGCUGAUUUAUCAUAUCGUUGAUUUCGUUGAUUUCGUUGAUUUCGUUGUCAUAUUCAGCAGUUCAUUUGAUUUCUUUUCAGAUACAAGCCCAGCUUGUUCCUUAGCGCUCCCAGACGCUCUGUUAGCAUCACAGCAGCCUCCAGCACAAAGUCCAAAGCCUGAUAGAGCAGCCAAGCUAGCUAGCUUUGCAAUGGAGAUCAGUGUGGAGCGUGAUAGGAGGACGGGGGCAUGUCAGGUGGUGUCCACAGCCACCGUCAGCACAGAAGACAUCAAGCAGAGGGGAUUCAAGGUCUACGACGAUGGCCGCAAAUCUAUAUAUGCUAUCAACCCCGACGGAGGCCAAGUCCAGGCUGACGGUGAUGCUCACAUGACGAGCGAGCAGGCCGAAGAGCUUCUACGUCAGGCCACAGAUGAGAAGGUACCCAGCGAGGUGCAGUACCACCAUCCAGUCUACUCGUCUGCAAGACCAAAGACGCGUAUCUCCCAAGCUAAGCGACAGCAUGUGGACCUCAACAUCCAUGGCAAGACCCUCAAUGGCGAGGAAGUGGAGCAGUCCAAACCUGGAGAUCUAAACCACACAGUUCUUGUCCCAAUCCAAGCCAGGUCCCAAGAGAAGCCAAAAGCCUUCCAGCCUGUCAGUGCGGGCUUGGAUGGGGGUGGACCUUCACCGCUUGAAGCCGGUCGUUUGACCGAGAGCUUCGACAACGUUACCUCAGCAAAGCUGGUCAACACCCUGCCGCGGGAAGCCGACUCCACACCGGUCACCAUGAUCUUCAUGGGCUAUGAGACCGCCCUGGGUGACCCGGGGGAAGACUUCCAGGCAGAACUGGUCAUUGUAGGAAACAGCGAUGAUGAUGAUGAUGGUGAAGACAAAGAGGAGUUGCUCUCCUACCAUCCUGAGGGAUACAAGAGCAAAGUGUUCCAGCCUGAAGACUGCUUGAAAACGUCCGUCAGCCCAAACCGGAACCCUUCAGGUCUCCACAGGCCGACGUUCAGCCGCAAGUCCCACAAGGAAAACACGGGACCGCGAACGUGACG